AUCUUUUAAGGCUGAAAAUAACCGUGUUUGUCUAUAUAUAUAUAUUUCAAUUAGAUAUAGAUAGAACAUAGUUGAAAUAAAUGGACCAUGCACAUAUGCCUUUUAGAGCAAGAAGUCGAAAUCAAAAUCUAAUGGUUAGAAUCUCUUUCAAAAAUUCCAACGUCAAAUGUGAAAAAUUAAAAUAAAACAAAAUAUCCAAAUUGAAAUAGGAAAAUCGUAUUGGAAUAGGAAAAAAAAAUGUAUACGACUCUGUCUCUUCUCCCUCUAUAUAUACAUAUACGAACACAUAGAUUUCCGAUGAAUAAAGCUCUUGCAUUCUGCAUAAAUAAGCUAUUACUUACAUACAAUGGAAUCUCGUUGCAAGUACAAACUCCAUAUAUGGCAGGAGGACGCAGGUGAUUCAUUACCAGAAGACCAUGGUAUGAUCCAAAACGACCAAAACCUUUAUAUCAACAUGAGAAUCUGUUUUGUUCUUCUUGACCUUAACCAACCUAAACCCUUAACCUUUCUUGUCAAAACUUUCCACCAAAAACUGUUUCACAACUCCUCUUAUCUUCCCUCAGGUGACCGAGUCUCUGAAAGCUGCCAGCGCAAAACCAUCCGCCGAAUUGUGCGUUUUGUGAAACCCUUUCUCAGUCAGGAGGGCUCUAAUAUCUCGAGUAAUAGUAACCAGAAUUUGCUUAUGAUUGGGGCUGGAUUUGGGGUAAUGAGCGAUGAUGAGUAUACUUGUAAUUACAUUGUGCCAGCAAGUAAAGCUUCGGUUGAUGCAUUAGAGAGGGUGAAGGUUGAAGAUAACGGGGAUUCUGUUGAUCAGUUACGCUGUGCUAUAUGUCUUGAAGAGCUUGAAAUGGGUGGAAAGGAGGUUAAUUGCAUGCCCUAUAAGCAUGUCUUUCAUGGAGAUUGUAUUGCUCAAUGGCUAGAGAAGAGUCACUCGUGUCCUCUCUGCAGAUUUCCCAUGCCAGUUGAUGGGCAUCCUACUCGGUUGGAGAGCUCAAGAUCAAUAGUAAUAGAUUUGUGUUUAAUGUUCUUUUACUUGGCAUUUUCUUGUUUUUAAGUUUGAGAGGUAGGUGAAAUAUGGUUAAUGGGUUUCUAUUUCUUGCAUUA